ACUGUUUUGUUUUAUUUUUUUAAGUAGAAAAAGUGUUGAAAAGUACAAAGAGAAUAAUGAUAUGAUGAACCAAACACUAUAACGGCUCUAUUUUCAUUUUCAUCAUCCAAUCCAAUUCCAAACCCUAUUCUUUCUUCUUCUCACUUCUCUGCAACAUCAUCACAUCAUGAUCUUGGAUAUGGAAAGAGGACCCAGAUACAACGCAUACGCUAAAUUGAGAGAAACAAAGCUUCAAAACAACUACCUAAGAUUACAACAAUACCAACAACAACAACAACAAGAACAAGAAAAUGUUCUUCAACCAACAAAAAUUCCAACCCCACCAACAAAACAAAUCAAAUUUCAUGCUGGUGUUGUUUCUGGGAGAAAAGGGUCUUCUCUUAUAGCUCAAUCUGUUCCAGAUUUCUCUUCUAUGUUAAGAAAAGAGAAUCGUAAACCACCGACGAAUAUGUUACCUACUAUUUCUUCUACUGCUACAUUAACACCUCCAUUGAAAAACAAGAACAAAGUUUGUGGUGUUUUGUCAAAUUCAAGAGGGAGUAGUAGAUCCGCAAAUUCUGCUGCAGAGAAGAAAAAGGGUGUUGGUGGUGGUGGUGGUGGUGAGAUUCUUAUGGCAAGGAAAAGCUAUGCCAAUUUCGAUGAACUUCGGAGUUUUUCUUCGGCUACUGCAAAUGCUAUCAAUGGUGAGAGUACUAGAAAUAGCAGAGUUGUUGGGAAGAAAACUGUUCUAAGGUGUAGAGAGUUUUGAGUUCAUUCAAAUUUGUAGCUUUGAGAAUUGAGAAGCUUUGGUGAUGCCUUCAAUUUUUUAAAAUUUUUUUUAGAUUUUUUCUGGUUCAAUUUGCAAUUUUUUUGCAGUAGAAAAGUGCAAGUUUAAAGGUAUCUAGUGUGAUUUGAGUAUUGGUCACUGAGACAUUAUUGUAAGAAGAAGAAUAGUGUUCUCAUACUCCAUUGAUUCCUCUGUUUCUGUUGAUUGGGAUGGAUGGACAUUGUUUGUUGUAUUUUGAAUGAAAUAAAUCAUUUUUUUGUUUCA